AUGAUCAGCACACUUUUUUUGCUCUUCGGUUUGAUAGCCCUGUGUGUCGUCGUUCGCGCCACACCCGACAAAUCCUAUAAACCGUCACUAGAUUUUCGCCCACUCAAUAUCACAGGGUUUUGGUACCCACUAUAUGCCUGGGUUGGAUCGUUAUUGAAGCGACUCAGUUACUACAAUGCGACGUUGGAAUUCGAGCUCACCCCAACGGCUUUCAGCUCCACCAAUAGCUCUUUCUGGUCGGGGCUACAGAAUCGAACCCUAAGAACCACCAAGCCCUCCUAUCUCGGCAUCACCGAGACGAGCAUCUGGAACUCAAGGCCCCGGAACCCAGUCAACCUGUAUCUGACUUCCUGGCCGACCGACUAUGAUUUCUGGGAUCAAUCACUGGACUCGGACAUAUCUACAAUCUCGGAAUAUGACAUCGUCUCUUCAAAUCCCGUAUACUCAGACGUUUGGUUCGUAACCGAAUACAACAACUUCGAUCUCGAUUUAACCACCAUCGAUACUUCCCCCAGCACUUAUCGCCUCUCUGGCGCGUACACCUACAACUUCCGUUAUAGCACUCUUCUCCUCAAUCUCACCUCCUGCAACGCCCCCGAAUAUAGUGACACGUGGCGCAUGUUUCUGAUCAACCAAGACCUGAUAAUCCCGGGUUUGAACUGGACCUACCCCACAAUUGAUGUGCGAUUCGACAACACCACGGCCAACCUGACCAUCAAUGGGCAAUUCGGGGCGUAUGCAUACGAUACUCAGGGUAAUGAAACAGGAACGUGGAUGGCAGGGGCAGUCAAGAUGGUGUUUCGCGGUGUGGUGGACAAUGCGAAGUCGGAUGUCUUGGUCCAGAGAGAGGAUCAACCUACGUGGUUGAGGACAUUAGGAUUUGGGAACAAUUCCUUAAACUUGAAUUAUCGAAGCGGUGCAAAGAUCAUGGCGAAGCCAGGGAAUGGAUGGAUGGUUGUUGCGAUGGCUCUGUUUGGGAUGCUGUUUGUACAUUCAUGGUUUUUUUUUGGCAAUUUCAAGGAGUAA